AUGGCCGCAGUUCAACUCAAGUUCUCCCUGCGGACCUCGUCCAACGUCAAGACUGUCCACCUCGUCGGAUCCUGGGACAAUUACUCUCGCCAGCUGCCCCUCUCCGCCGAAGAGAAGCCCGGUGCUUGGAAUGGCAAGUUCCGCUUCCAAACUUCGAUGCUCCAGCUCGGCGCCCGCUACUGGUACUACUACAUCAUGGAUGGGUACCACGUCAGCCACGACCCCGCCGUCGAGUACACCGUCGAGCCUACCACUGGCCGCAAGCUCAACAUCCUGGACGUGCCAGGCGGCAAAUCCGAGCGCAGCUCCCACAAGUCCCGCCGUGGUUCGACCAACGUCGCCACUGGCCGCGCUCUUUCGCCUUCCAAGAUCCAGCACCCCAAGCCGUCCAAGCCCUACGCUUCCCGCCAGCUCCGUGAAGCCGAGUUCGCUCCUACUGUCGAUGACCUGACCCGCCGCUUCGCCGGCUCCCGUCUAUCUGACGAGUACUCCCUACAGCAACUCCCCACCCAGCUCCGCCGGUUCAUCGCUGUCUUCGCGCUCCUCUGGCUCAACUUCGCCCUCGUCUCUUGCCGCUGUGAACGCUACGGCAUCACCCGCAAGGGAGACCGCGUCAAGCUCGACUGUGGCGGCAGCCGCUGCGGCUACGUCACUGAGUCCUCGGAUGCCUCAUGCUCCGAGUCUGAGGAUAGUGAUGAGGAGUACCGUCGUGCCCGCAGCGGUGUCCGCCGCCAGGGUAUCGUCGUCCGUCGCUAG